GAAACAAUUAAUGUUUUAGAGAAGCCACUAGAAAAGCGUUCAAAAAAUGAACUUUCUGUUCUUAUCAAUUUAACUAAAGAUAUUCCAUUUUUUAAAGAAUAUCGAGAUAAGGGAUAGAAAGAAAUUCAUGAAUAAUGUGUUGCCCACAUGUAGUAUUAAUUUGUUUAAGAUAAGUAAUAUGUCUUUGAAAUAGGCACUACAGGAGACAAAUUUUAUUUAAUUUUAAACGGAAAGUGUGGUAUUUACAUAAAAAUAGGAGAUCCUCCUACCCUUACUUGUGUUAAGGUUAUUGAAGGAGGAGCUGGGUUUGGUGAAGUUGCUUUGCUAAAGAAUCAGCCUAGACUUGCUUCAAUAUUAUGCUAAAGUGAUUGUCAUCUAGCUACUUUGGAUAAGUAGAGCUUUAUCAAAAUUUUGAAGUAAGCUGAGGAAGACAAAUUAACUAAAGAAAUGGAGUUUUUUGCUAAAAUGCCAAUGUUUGUAAAAUGGGCCUCUCAUUCAUUAAAACUUUUAUAUCUCAACACAUAUAGAGUUAAAUGCAAAAAAGGAGAGUACCUCUUUAAAGAAGGUUAAUCAUCAAAUGCUGCUUAUAUAGUUUGCUAAGGUGAAUUCACUGCCACAAAAAAGUUUACCUAAGAAAUAGAUGAUGAUGAAGAGUGCCUUUAAAAAUAAAAGCAUGAAACCCUCAAGUUUAAAAAUCUUCAAAAGGAUAACAGUCCAACAAAAGAUUAAAGAAUAGUAUUUUGGUAGCCUUAUGAAUUAUUUGGAGAGGAGGAAUUCAUUGAUGAGAUUUAAGAUUUAGAACAAUAAGAAAAGCAGAGAAGAGAAAGAAUUAAAAACGAACAAGCCUAAGAAGAAUAAAUGUAAAUUGAAAAAUAAAAAAAAUUGUAAAAAUCGUUAGAACAAAAGAAAAAAGAGUAAGAGGUAAAAAAAUUACAAACUGGUGGUAACAACAACAAAAGCAAUGAAUAAAAUAAAGCUAAAAUUUGUUCAAAUAUUACUGUUUAAACAACUGAAAAGAUAAAACUGUAAAAACGAAAUUUAAGCUAAGCCAAAGUAUAAAUUUAAAAUGAUAAAAAUGAAGAGGAUGAAGAGUAAUCUGAAAGUGAUGAUGAAAAUAUUCAAGAGUAAGCUUAAAAAAAAUAAAUUCAUAAAAAUAAAGAAUACUUAAGAAAAUAUUCUGUGCAAUGCACAAGUGUGGUAGGAGAAGUUUGUAUGAUUAAAAAGUAUGAUUUUAUUCAUAGAGUUUUGAGAGAUACAAUGUCUAGAUAGAUAAUACAGGAGAGAAACAAAAUUAAAAAUGGGUGGUUUUAUAACAAGGUUGAUGGAGUUAAUAAAUUAAUGAGCUACAGUGACUAUUGCACAUUUUAUUACACAGACUUAAAACUGAGAAACAGGAUACAAGGAGCUCUAGCAGAAGAAGACUAAGAACUUUAAGAAUUUGUAAAUGUUGUUAAAGAAGCAUUUUAACAGAACGAGACUCUGGUAAGAUACUAAAGAAAAAGAAAUACAAAAAGCGAGGAUAUUCCUCAUUAUUCUUCUAAAGAAAUAAAAAAGUAUGAUAUUCCAAUACACGCGUUUGGAAAUAAAAGUUAAAAUAUGAAGAGAAUGAAUGUUUUAGAGUAGGAUGCCUUAGAAGAAAAAGCUAAAAAGGGGAUCAGGAAACCCCCAGAUAUUAUGGAUGAAUUAGUUAAAAAAUUCCAUUAAAAUUUAAAAUAAAAUUAUUAUGCAAGAUUUAAGAAGGAUAGCUAUGAACAAUUCUCAAACAUGGUUUAGCAUAUUGAACAUUAAGGGUUAAAGUCUAUGAUAAAAUAGGAUGACAGAGUUAAUCCAAUCCUCAAGAGAGAGAAAAGUUUGUCUGAAGGGCUUAAGAAAUAGAGCUCAGCCCUUAUAUAAAUUGCAGCAGCCAAAAAAUUCUGCAAAGUUUUAUUGAAAAUUAGGGAUAGAAAUUAAAUUUAGAAAAAAAACAAUGAUCAGAAAAUUGACAUAGAAAAUUAAGAAAAAGAGAAGAAUUCUUAAAAUUAAGAUCAAUAAAAAUUUAACUCAAACCAAUAAUUACAUGAGAGCUAAAAUGAAUAAUAGCUUUAUAACUUCAACAAUACUAAUACGGCUAGACAUAUGAAUUCUUCGAUUAAUUAAACUCAAACUUUUGAUUCUCCGAAAAGGGGAGAUUCUGAAAAUUAAGAGACUAAGAUAACAGAUUCACCUAAAACCCCUGAAACACUGCAGUAUCAAAGAAGAAAAUUCUUUUCUGUAGAUGCUUAUUAGAAUAAAAGUGAAUAAUAAGUAGAAGAAACUCUAUAAGAAAAAAGAAGAUUCAGAAACUUAGCCAAAAUCAAUACUUAAAUUGAAUAAAUAUCUAAAUUAAAUAACUAAUCUAUGGAUAAUUUUUAGCAGAUACUGAAAACCAGUGAAGAUAGAGGAGAAUCACCUUUGAAAAACCCUUAAUAUUUUAUUACAAAAAAUAUGCCACAUAAACCAAGAUCAAAAUCAAGAGAGCCUUACAAAUUUGAACUCGAAAAAUUGAAAAUUUUUUAAAUAACUUAGCCUGAUAUUAACAAAAGCUUAUCAAGUCUAUAACUUGAUAAUAAAAAUUCUUCACUUUCUACAAUUGAUAAAUCGUAAAUUAUACACUCAAGUAGUAGCAUGCCUAAUAAAAUUGCUUCUUAAAGAUAAAAGCUAAAGCUAAUUAAAAGGAUUAACUAUAUAGGAAGUUAAAAUGAAUCUGAUAAUUCUAUUUAAAAUUUGAUCAAUAAAUUUGGCGGAGAAAAUAUUCUAAAUUAGAAAUAGCUCAACCAAUAAUAGCAACAUGCUAAAUAAAUUUCUUAAUUAAGAAGUGCAAAGAGUUAUUAAUCCAUCAACAAUAACAUCAUAUUCUAAAGUAGAUAGAAUUACGCUUUUGCAUCACAAAAUGGUUAAAUAUAAGUUAAUUCCAAAUAAUUUAAUUCUUCAAAUAAUAAUAAUAAUGUUCAAAAAAAUGUGUCAACUAAUACAGAAAUGAAUCUUGUUAGUGAUGAUUAAAGAUUUAAUUCAGUUCAUCAAGGAUAAGAUUCAUCACAAUCACCUUUAAAAAUUUAGUAAAUAAUAAACAGUAUACUAACACAGUAAAAUUAAUAAAUAUAGAAGUGA